UUCUCUGUGGCGCAGAAACUCCGUCACUUUCAGCCACAGCUUUUUUUCUCCUCCAUUCCACGCUUUCUCGAUUCCCGAUUGUGGUUUUUCUUCUAAGUUAUUUAUUUAUUUGUUUGUUGAUUUCUUUCGCCAUCAUCGUCUUCUUCUUCUUCUUCCUAUUUCACGUUCCCUUUCCGCCUCCUUACAAACUUCACAAGUGGAUAACAGUCCGUCGGAUCCUUUUCGAGCAGGGAAGAGGAGAUAGGAGAAAUCGGAAGACGAAGCUUCCUUUUCACAUUAUUUUAAUCCACAGAGAGGGAUAAGGGUCUUAUGGCUGAUUUAGUUGUUCCCCGAUUUAUUAACUGUUGCAAUUGUGGAAAUCAUGUCUGCUUUCAUGAUGAUGUCAUUUCCAAAGAUUUUCAGGGGAGAAAUGGUCGCGCCUUUCUGUUUUCUCAUGCCAUGAACAUAGUCGUUGGCCCGAAGGAAGAUCGCCAUCUCAUGACAGGGUUGCAUACCGUCGCCGACAUUUAUUGCUCGGACUGUAACGAGGUGUUGGGUUGGAAGUAUGAGAAAGCUUAUGAGGAGUCACAGAAGUACAAGGAAGGUAAGUUCAUACUUGAAAAGCCAAAGAUUGUAAAAAAUAACUGGUAGUUUUUAUUAGUGUCUUUGGAUUGGAGAAAAACUCUAUUUGUUCAACAUGAUUUGUGUCUUUUUUAUUGCUUGUUUGACACCAUUUUGUACAUAUCUGUUGGUUUAAUUGUGUUUUCUUGGAUCAUUGGUAUCCGAAAGUUUUA